UCACUUUCUGAAAAACAAGGGGCAACCUUUUAACCAAGCUGCGGUCCCGCACUUUUCUUCCAUAGCGGAUCGUUCAGUUAGUUUUACGUUUUAUUACCCGUCAGUGUCAUUAUUUACCUGUGGACGACCUUGAGGCGCACGAAUACCGGCCGAUCGGAUCUGAGAGGAUUGAUAUUUUCUAUCCAGAUCGCGGUGUAGGAGUGAAACGUGGAGCAGUGACAGCUGCGCAACGGAGCGUCUACAAAAAAGAGGGGGGAGCAGAGCAAACCUUAUUCCUAACUCAUCCACAACCUGCACAGCAUCUCUUCUUCAGAUCACUGGAUUCCAGCGAUUUUCUGGGAUAUAAUCGAGUGUUAGAAUCAGAGCUCUCAAUGGGGACCAGAUGAGUGCGCAUCGGCGCGCGGUUCCGCUUUAACGGUGUGAAAAUCACGGGAUUUCUGCAGGUUGAAGGCUGCCACCAGUGGUCGAGGCUUUUGGUGCAAACUGGAACUGAACUGAACACCGCAGCACUCUCAACCUGACACCAAAAGGAAAGAGGGAGGAAAAAGUGGAUAUAAUUCCCGAUCUGGUUUGAAAAUGUGUUUGAUCAGCAGAGGGAUUAUUUUAAUUUGCUCCAGUUCAUCACCUGGUUUGUGAAAAAAGGAUCUAUCCAAAGGGAAGACUGUGCUGCAUCCAGCAGAGGAGGAGACCUCCAGGUGUUGGAUUUCUGUCCAUCUCUCUUUUCUGUGUCACCACAGCCUACCUUCAUGUUGAGUCCCAAGAAAACACAGUACACCAGAUAGAGUUCCCCGUUCCCUGUGGAGGAUAAUGGAACGGCUGUGGUUCUCUCUGCUGUUGCUGGCAGCAGUAUGCAGGGGGCAACCAUGUCCAAAGCGCUGCAUGUGCCAGAGCCUUUCUCCAUCGCUAGCGAUCCUCUGCUCUAAGACAGGCCUGCUUUUUGUUCCUGCUGCCAUUGAUCGACGCACAGUGGAGCUUCGCCUUCAAGAGAACUUCAUCACAGCUGUCCGAAGAAAAGACUUUGCCAACAUGACCAGCUUAUUACAUCUGACGCUGUCAAAAAACACCAUCAGCCAGAUCCUUCCUUCAGCUUUCAGUGAUCUACGGCGGCUAAGAGCACUUCACCUAGACUCCAACAGAUUAACCGUGAUAAAGGACGAUCAUUUCAAAGGUCUCACAAACCUUCGGCAUCUGAUCUUGGCCAAUAACCAACUUCACUCUAUAGCUCCUCACGCUUUUGAUGACUUCCUGUCAACACUGGAAGAUCUAGAUCUCAGUUACAACAACCUAAUCCAGGUUCCAUGGGAAAUUAUAGGGCACCUAACCAAUGUCAAUACCCUAAAUAUGGACCAUAACCUCAUAGAAAAUGUUCCACAGGGAGUAUUCACUAAUCUGCAUAAGUUAGCCAGGCUAGACAUGACAUCCAACAAGCUAAAGAAAAUUCCUCCAGACCCGUUGUUCCUAAGAAUUCCAGUGUACGCCAAGUCUAAAGGCUCCCCUCUUUCCUCCCUCGUGUUGAGCUUUGGUGGCAACCCACUUCACUGUAACUGUGAGCUACUGUGGUUAAGGAGACUAACCAGAGAAGAUGACCUUGAGACAUGUGCCUCUCCACCAGACCUCAGUGCCAAGUAUUUCUGGACAAUUCCUGAAGAGGAGUUUAUCUGUGACCCACCAGUUCUUACUCGAAGGUCACCUCUUACUGUGGUCAUGGAAGGCCAGCCUGCAAGUCUGAAGUGCAAAGCAAAUGGUGACCCCGAACCAGAAGUCCACUGGAUUAGCCCUGAAGGACGUCUAAUAUCUAAUGGCUCCAGAACUUUAGUUUUCCCUAAUGGAAGUCUGGAGAUCAAUGUCACAUCCCAAAAGGAUUCUGGAAACUUCACUUGUAUCGCCUCCAACGCUGCUGGCGAAUCCACGGGAAGAGUGGAAGUGGUUGUCACUGCAGUGCCUCAUCUGGCAAACAGCACCAGCCGCAGCCGAGAUCCUUCUUCCGAGCCGGCUCUCUCUGACAUCCUGACCUCCUCAAAGGUUUCCCUGCCCAACAACGAGACAAGAGGGGCAGACAGGAGGGUCUCAUUGGUGGAACUGACAGGAAACUCUGCCCUCAUUAGAUGGAGCAGUCAAACCCCGACAUCUGGAGUCAGGAUGUUCCAGGUCCAGUACAACAGCUCUGGGGAUGACACUCUGGUUUACAGGAUGAUUCCAUCCACCACCAAUGACUUCAUGGUCAGGGACCUAGUUGCUGGACGUAGCUACGAUCUUUGCGUCCUGGCUGUGUUGGAUGAUGUCAUCACGUCACUGACUGCAACGCGCCCUUUGGGGUGUCUGUCAUUCACUACGGACACCGAGUUCAGCCAGUGUCAAGCACUGCAUAGCCACUUUUUGGGAGGGACUAUGAUCAUCAUCAUCGGAGGGAUUAUCGUUGCAUCUGUGUUAGUCUUCAUUAUCAUCCUAAUGAUCCGAUACAAGGUUUACAGCCAACAAGGCACAGGCCACGGAAAAGCAGCCAUUGUGGCUACAGUGCCAAGACCACAGAGCAACGGUCAAGGAGGAGGCAGUCAAGUCCAAGUUUUCCCUCGCUCUGCUUCAAAGAUGACAGACAGUCAGGAGGAGCAGGUGCUUUCACCGUCCAGAGUCUUGUCACCCAGCAGCACAAUGAGAGACACAGUUGAAUUGGUAGAGGAGAACAGUGGACAUAGUAGUAUGGCAAAGGCUGACUCCUUGGCCAGUGAAGAACUCAUGUCACCAACCAAGACCCGCUUCCCUUCAAGAGCAGGCAUAGAGAUGAAAGUCAGACCGUCAUCUGUUGCCAAAGACCCCUCCUCUCCCAGGGAACUGGCAGAACCCUGAUGCUGUUGUUCUGAUUAAUGUGAAGACCACCUUCAGUGAAAACAAGCAGAUAAAAGCUAAAGAAAAAAAUAUCUCAUCUUCCUGCAUCUCCUGAUUGGCAUAUGCAUUCUCCUAUUUUUUUUUUUCAUGGAAAUCAAUCCGAUUUACUUUCAAGUGCUUACCCUGGUUCUGCAGUUUAGCUCGGACACCUGUGUCAAGAUGUGAGAAGAGUGUGAUCAACCUAAUCAGUUCUAAAUGAAGGCCAUUUUCCAUUUGAAGAUGAUCAGUUCUGAAGUAGGGCAGUUGGGGAAAAAAUCUCAAGAAGGCAACAUGAGGGAGCACGGUAACACGCUGCUGUUCCAGAGUGAAUUAAAAAAUCAAAAUGAGCUCACUUUAUCUUUCUGGAUAGCAUCAGUAUCCUAAAACAGAUGCUUGAAUAAAUUGAUUGGAAAAAACCUAAAAUUCCACAGUUUAAUGGACACUGUGUCUACUCUAACUAUACCGACAACACAUGGGACUCCUGGAAAGUGGACUCUGUCUAUUAUUCACUGCUGAUCAACACAAGCUGAUCCUGGGAAAAAGCUGAAGUGGAACUGGCUCUCAACCGGGACUGGAUUCUUUUCAUCAGAAACAGAUCCCCAGCUACAACAGAACAUUGAAAAGAAGAACAAAAUAACCCAACGUGACGAAAUUGAAUCAAGUCAAAAUUGAGAAGGCCUCACCUGAGAAUCUCCACUCAUGGCUGCAGAUUAAACGACAAUAGACUACUUAUACCUGUCAUCGGUCUGCAAGCAGCUAUGAUCCUGAUCCUGUGAUCCUGCAUCUCCUGCUGUCCACUGAAUGGAGGCUGUUGAGGAUACCGUGGACCCGUUUCAAACCUCAUCAGCAGUGUUUAAACAGGCCCACCGAUCAGGACAAAGAUCAAGUGUUGGACAAGAAACACAAUUAGAGCAUUUAAAUAAGCAUUCUUUCAGAAGCAGGGUACCAAAUAACACAAAUCACAUACGUAUCAAAUUUCCAUGUCAAACAUUUCUAGCAUUAGUGACUUUGUCGAAGCAUUUGUUUACACAUCUGAUGAUCUGAUGGUGUGAAGGCACUAAAUGGAUGGAUCCAAAGUUUUCUUUCGUUUCAUGUGAAGGAAAAAAAACAUUGAAUGACUGCUAAUGACUUCAUCAUGAUUAUAUCCAAAAAGUAAUGGUAAUUCUCUCAUUUAAUGGCUAAUUUCUGACACUUCUGACUGAUAUUGCAGAAGCUCCUUCUCCAUCUCUUGCAUAUGUUUCAAAUGCAAACAUGAUGUGAGGCACAAAUGCAGUUUCCAAUAAUCAGGAUCCACAUGUGUGUGUGUGUAAUUGCACUUGCUGCUGAUUAGCAGUGUCAAUGUAGCCAUUACAAUCUUGAAGGUGAUGUUUGAUGAUGGAAACAGAAAUGGACAAGAAUCUCGUGGACAAGAACCUCAUACCCUGGUACCCAUCAUAGGACAAACUCAACCCAAAAAAACAAACACAUACUUUUCACUUUCCUCUCCCUUUUUCUCACCUUUUAUUUGGGCUUUAUCUUUUCUAAGUGUACAUAAAAGAAUUCCAAAUCUAUAGUUUUGUACAUGUAAUUUUUAUGGUGUGUUGACAUUUUUUAAUAAAAUAAAACAAAAUGGAACACUCUUUGGAA